AUGGUUUUUGAAAUCGCAACUUUUGGUUGGAUUGUCGGAAGUAUCCUUUCUUCAACUGUUAUUAUCAUCACAAACAAGCAUGUCAUGGAUAAUUUUGGUUUUACAUCCAUUACAUUACUUACAGCGUAUCAUUUCUUUUUGACAUGGGGUCUUCUUGAAGUUAUGUGCAGAUUAGGAGCAUUCGAGCGUGGUACAUCAAUGCCAGCAUUUGAAAAAUGGAAAAUGGGCUCAAUUGGUGUUGGCGCCGUCGUUUUCAUGAAUUUCAACCUUCAAUUAAACUCAGUCGGAUUCUAUCAGCUUUCUAAGCUUUGCUGCAUUCCAUUUAUGGUUGUUUAUGACUACCUUGUCCAAGGAAAAACAACAAGUUUCCCAAUUCUUCUUUCUCUUGGCAUCCUCCUUGUUGGUAUUGGCAUUUUCUCAAUCAAUGAUAUCCAGUUCAACAUACUUGGCUCCAUUAUUGCCUUUAUUGCUGUUUGCUGCGUUUCAUUGUUCCAAAUCUACACAGGAUCCAAACAAAAAGAGUUCACUCUUAGCCCACUCCAGCUUCAGCAUACAACUGCCUACCCACAGUUCGUUGUUGCUUUGAUUGUUGGCUUCCUUCUCGAAUCUUGGGGUCCAAACGCCAUUUUCAACCAAGAUCUUACCAUCAGAACAAUUCCUGUCAUCCUCUCCACAGGCCUCAUCGCCGUUUCCGUUAAUAUCUGCUCAUUCUUCCUUAUUGGCAAAACAUCAGCAAUUACUUACCAAGUUUGCGGCCACAUGAAGUCCAUCCUCAUCUUCAUCUUCGGCAUCCUUUUCUUUAGAAACCAAAACGAAACAAGAGAACAAUUCAUCAAAAAGAUUAUCGGACUUUGUGUCUCAAUGUUUGGCUGCAUCUGGUACACAUACCUCAAACUUACAGCUGCUCCGCCAGCUCCUUCAAAGAAUGACAAAGAUAACGAUCAAGAAGGACUUCUCGCUGCAAAGAGCCAGGCUGAAAUCAACAGCAAUGGUUCUGAAGAGACAAAGAACUAA